AUGCUGGUCUCUACUCUUCUUCUGUGUGGCAUCGCGCAGGCGGCAAUUGUCCCCCCCCAGGUCGUCUUUGCGCCGUUUCCGCACGAUCUGACGGCAGAAGGUAGAUACGCUGUCGACGAGGCCAUUCUGACGGUUCUGCAGACUCACUCCGAUCCUGUGGCCGCCAUGGUGGCGCUGGAUCCCGACAGUGAAGCGCUUCUUGCAGAACCUCGUCUGUUGCACGUCCGCGGCGAAGAAACGGCGCAAUGGCGGACGGAGGGCGACAAGCUGCGCCUCCGCAGACAGGGCAGGAAAUUCGUCGACAUCACCGACCACGCCGAGUUCUACGCGCUGCACAAAGACGACCAUGAUGAGCCUAACCUCCCUGAGCUGGCACACCAGCGCCUCGUGAAGCCUCUCUUCGCCCACGUCGAAACGCAGCGCAUGGAACAUGUUCUCCGGCAUAUGACAAGCUACUAUAACCGAUACUACGCGGAUAUCCAUGGCGAACGCAGCUCCGAGUGGCUGCAUGACCAUAUCGCAGAGAUCAUCGCCAGCUCUCCCUUUGGAACGCACAUCUCGCUCGAAUACUUCCCCCAUCCGUUCCGGCAAUCGUCCAUCAUCGCCCGCUUCGAACCCAAGACCCGCAACUUCUCCCUCCCGCUGACCGUCAUCGGCGCCCACCAGGACUCGGCCAACUAUCUCUUCCCGCUGCUGCCGGCACCAGGGGCAGACGACGACUGUUCCGGCACGGUCAGUAACCUGGAGGCCUUCCGUAUCCUGGCAGAGAGCGGCUACACCCCGAAGAACGGGCCGGUCGAGUUCCACUGGUAUGCGGCCGAGGAGGGGGGGGAACUGGGCAGUCAGGAUGUCGCCCGGUACAAGAAGGAACAGGGAGCGCAUAUCGGCGCCAUGAUCCAGUUUGAUAUGACGGCGUUUAUUGCCCGGAAUGCCACUGAAAUCAUCGCCGUGAUCUCUACCGAGACAAACGAGGCCCUCACCAACUGGACUCUGAAUCUCAGCAAGGAGUACAUCUCCAUUCCUUCCGAGAUGCAUCCUUUUGGAGCAGCUGGGAGUUCGGAUCACGCCCAGUAUACACGACUCGGGUAUCCAGCCACCUUUGCGUGCGAGGGAAACCCGAUGGCCGGCGUCUUUCCCGGCGACUUUGAUCCAUACAUCCACGGCGUUCACGACACGAUGGACAUUGACGACCAGGCCGGCUAUUUCUCUCUUGACCACAUGGCACGAUUCACAGAGCUGGCAAUUGCUUUUGCGGUGGAACAGGCUGGAUGGGACAAUACUUGGAGAUGA